GCUCCCCAUGUUGUCGUGGACUCGAGCUGCAACGUACCGUGCUCCAGCUUCUGUUGCUAAUGUAAAUUUUUGAAUGGUAAAACGGUAUUUUGAGGCGAUAGAGAAAGGUCGACGCUUUGCUUCUCAGUAUUUUUUGGAGCCGGAUAUUUGGUUAGAAAGUAGCGAGCUAGUAUAGGUAUGUUAUUGAAGAAAAUGUCCUAAUAGCUCGGCGACAAUGUAACUGAUAUUAUGUCUGGUAAUUUGUUGAGCAGGAAAGGUGUCAGCUUCGCCUUUUUAGACACUACAAUACUGAGAGGUGACACCCGGUGUUCUAGUAUUAAAUCUAAUAAAUAUUUACGCCAAAUGUAGCUAUUAUUCCCUGAUAGUUCAGUUAUACAUCAUUUACAUGUCUCAUUAACUAGCUAUUAGUAAAUGAUUUGGUAGUAUAACCAAAAUAUUGGACUUACCUGGCUUGGAAGGGGGUCUGGUCAUUUUAGUACAAGUUUUAUUUCCUCAUGGCAAAAGAAGAAUGUAUUACACAAUGGAACAAAACAGGGGACACUUCAACACUACGAAACAGGAAAACAUUUCCCCUCUCAGAAAAGACCUUUCAAACCCCAUCCACUGCUGUGUCAAAGGACAAAAACAGUCGAACCGGUGGACAGUCGUCAGAAGAUGACACCCAGUCCUCGAAUGGGACAUCUGCUCAGUUUUCUGUCAGAGGAAGCUUAGGUACGAACGAGCCCCCAAGCAGAGUGCUGCUGAUGUUGGUGGUGGGGCUGUCUUUCUCUACACGCCUCUACAAGAUAACAGAGCCCCCUCAUGUGUGCUGGGAUGAGACGCACUUUGGAAAGAUGGGAAGCUACUACAUCAACAGGACCUUCUUUUUUGACGUCCAUCCUCCUCUUGGAAAAAUGCUGAUAGGUCUUGCAGGUUACAUAACCGGCUAUGAUGGUACCUUUCCUUUUAUAAAGCCAGGAGAUAAAUAUGAACACCACAACUACUGGGGGAUGAGAGGGUUCUGUGCAGUGUUGGGCUCCUUUCUCCCAAUCUUUGCCUACCUCAUAGUGCUGGAGUUGUCUCAGUCUCACACUGCUGCUCUCAUCACUGCCUCUCUGCUCAUAUUUGACACCGGCUGUAUCUCCAUUUCCCAGUACAUCCUGUUAGACCCUAUACUCAUGUUCUUCAUCAUGGCAGCAGUGCUGAGCAUGGUCAAGUUCAACCAGCAGAGACACAGGCCUUUUACUGCCCCCUGGUGGCUGUGGCUGGUACUGAUCGGUGUAAACCUUGCUGGUGCUCUGGGGGUGAAGUUUGUGGGUCUGUUUGUCAUCGUCCUAGUCGGACUGAACACAGUCUGGGACCUCUGGAGACUUCUGGGUGAUCUUAGCCUCUCACUGGUGGACAUUGCAAAGCACUUUCUGGCUCGGGUUGUUGGCCUCAUUCUGCUUCCACUCUUCAUCUAUGUUACAAUAUUUGCCAUCCACUUUGUUGUGCUGAACAAAAGUGGACCGGGAGAUGGUUUCUUCAGUUCUGCCUUUCAGUCUCGUCUAAUCGGGAACAACCUACACAAUGCAUCCAUGCCUGAGUACCUGGCAUAUGGCUCUACCAUUACUGUGAAAAAUCUCCGUAUUGCUGGGGGCUAUUUGCACUCUCAUUGGCACUUAUACCCAGAGGGAGUAGGAGCAAGGCAGCAGCAGGUGACCGCCUAUCUCCAUAAGGAUUACAACAAUUUGUGGCUCGUUCACAGACAGGAUAAUAAUACAUCUCAAUCUGGAACCCCUGACCUGGUUCGUCAUGGUGACAUCAUUCGAUUGGAGCACAAAGAGACAACUCGUAACCUACACAGUCACCUCCACGAGGCCCCUCUGACCAAGAAACACUUCCAGGUUACAGGUUAUGGCACUAAUGGCACAGGGGACACUAACGACUUGUGGCAGGUGGAGGUGUGUGGAGGUCGGAAAGGUGACCUGGUGAAGGUGCUGCGCAGUAAAGUCCGCUUUCUGCACCGAGCCACCGGUUGUGUGCUUUACUCCUCUGGGAAGACUCUUCCAAAGUGGGGCUGGGAACAGGUGGAGGUGACAUGUAGUCCAUACUUGAAGGAAACUCCAAGCUCUCAAUGGAACAUUGAAGAUCAUAUCAAUCCCAGAUUGCCCAACAUUAGUCUGUCUGUGCUGAAGCCCCAUUUUCUGGAGAUCUUACUGGAAUCCCACAUCAUUAUGAUCAGAGGUAACAGUGGCUUGAAACCCAAAGACAAUGAGAUGAACUCAAAACCCUGGCACUGGCCCAUCAACUACCAGGGAUUGAGGUUUUCAGGAGUGAAUGAGACAGAGUAUCGUGUUUACCUUCUGGGGAACCCUGUGAUCUGGUGGAUGAACCUGGCCACUUUGGGACUGUAUCUCAUCAUGGUGGCAGUGGCAUCUGUAGCACUCCAAAGAGGUUUCUCGUUGGGCCCAAAAAGAAUGGAGCACGCUUGUGUGCUUAUGAGAGGAGGAGGGCUCCUUCUCCUCGGCUGGCUGCUUCACUAUGUACCUUUCUAUACUAUGGGCCGUGUCCUCUACUAUCACCACUACUUCCCUGCCAUGCUCUUCAACACCAUGCUAACAGGAAUUACACUAGACAUCCUAUUAAAAAGCGCUGACUUGCUGCUCCGCCCACCUUACUCUGAUUGGCUGCAGAGAGUCGGGCAGAUGGCAUUUCUGUUUACUGUUCUUUACAGUUUCUACCUGUUUCAUCCACUCUCCUAUGGCAUGACGGGUCCUCUGGCACAUGAGCCGGGCAGCGCCAUGGCUGGCCUCAAGUGGAUGGACUCCUGGGAGUUCUAGUCAGCUUUCCAUGAAGAUGACACCAAUGAUAUGAUGUAUAACAACUGUUUGAAUAUGAGGGACUUACAGUAAUCAUGUUUCACAGACUUAUGGUCAUAGAGUGUUUACACAGAGAUAAUUUUCAUAAGGUACUGACUCUGACUGUACACACUACAGUAUACUACCUGUCCAAGUAUUUCUGUUUCAGAAUUUCCAAGUGUUGUAAUAUAAAGAAAGCCUGACAAGACAGACUUGAAUUAGUGCAAUAUGAGAGCCAGUCUUCUAAAGUAUUUGAGAACAAAGAUCUAGACACAUAAUAAUCACCAAACUGCCUUAACUCACAACACAUAUUACAUCCUGAACUUAGUGUAGACUGGACUGUAUGUGUCACAAUAAUAAGCUAAAGUGCCUGAAAGGAACUAGUGAGGUUUAAAUGUUGCAUCUCCAUACUCGUCAGUUUUAAAAAAAAAUCUUUUGUUACACAGAUAAAGGUUAUCAGAGAAUGUAUUUUUGUUUGUCUUGAUUGUAGUGUCCGUUAUUUUUGUAUUCAGCCAAUAGUGCUGUCCAGCACUGGCUCCUAUUUUGACAGCAUAAGACUAUUACUGACUCAGUGUUGUGUACAUUUCAGUGUGAUCAAUAAACUAUAAUAUUCUUGUA